UCACCACAUUUCGGUGCAAAGUGUAUUUAAGUGGCCAGGCGCUCGGUUCUCGGAAACAGAACGUUUCACCCACCUGAGAGGGCUGCACUUGUACUGGCAGCCGCAGAGCUAAGUAAAUACCAAAAAAGGAAAACCCCGUCAUCAUGAUUCCGACCAUAACGAAGAAGUACCAGAACGUGGUGAUUAGCACGGGAAACAUAAUCACCACAGAGCUGGGUCAGCGCAAAUCCAACGAGGAGCUGUUCGACGGCCUUAAGAUAACGCUCCACAGCGAUCCCAGUGAGGAGCGCGUGGUGGUGGAAAAGGAGAUCGACGAGCUGCACGGCAGGGUUCAGCGAGCCACCCAGGAGCUGACCACCAGGUUGACGGAGAACGGCCGGAAUGAGAUUAGCAUCGGCGCUAAGAUAUUCCUCAAUCGCCCUUCCACGGAGUGCGUAAAUCAGGCAGUGGAGGCGCUGCUCAACAUACUCAGUGUGACUCACGUGGACAAUGUGGUGCUGGCAUACCACCCGAAUGCGGUUGCCAGCGUAACGCCGGUAGCCACAACAGGAGGAUUGGCCAAGUCCCCCUGCUCCGAGGGCAUCACUGCCAGCAAGUCCAGUUACUGGAGCCUGCGGAACGGCGACGAAGGAGUGUCGGAGCUUAAGGAACUCUACCAAACUUUGGAGCAGUACGCUCUCAAGCAGCAGAUUACCCAGCUAGGCAUUGCCGAUCUGGAUGCAGCGGCACUGGAGGAGCUGCACAAAAGCGCCCAGGUGGCACCCACCAUUGCCCAGGUCAAUCUGUCUACCUGCUGCGUUGUGCCACCUGAACUGCAGGAGUUCUGCACCACCCACGACAUCCAACUGAAUACGCACAGCGAUCCCGAGCUUCUGCUGCCCGAGGAGCAGUUCGAAGCACUUGCGCCGGGCUACUCAAUCGACUGGUCACUGCGCUACCAAGUGCAUGUCCGCUGCCGAGGCGUCCUCACCGCCAAGGGAUACAUCGUGGGCGCCUCGCGGUCCAGCGAUUAGAUUUAGUACCCCACAUCCAGAUGCUAGGCUAUAGUUUUAAUGUUUGUAUGUAUGCUCGUGUAUAGUGGUGUACUUAUUGUUUGUUAUACAAAACCCCGAUUGAGGAUUCGAAGCCGAUCGAUUGAUUUUACUGUAAACGAUUUUUCAAUACUUAUUCUGAACAUAAAGCGUUUCAAAAACGGCA